UCCAAACUCGUUGGAAGUAGUCAAACGGAAACCCGAAAUGACUCACCAGAACGAGCACCGCACGGCGAACUUUCACUUAUCAUUAUGUCAAUAGCGGAAUUUCGAGAGUGAUUCCUUAUCAGUCACUUCCUAAUCAAUCGCGGCUACACUUGUCGUAAUGGCCAGCCCAAAACACCUCGAAAUCCUCGGAGAGGAGGACUGCCAAAACACCCUCGAGAAGUUCCUCGGAACGAAAAAUUUUCAAAUCGCGUCGUUCGAAGUCAAGGAUUUCCACAAUCCGUAUCAGGGUUUGGUUGGGGAACAUUUUACUCUAGAGGUGCGAUAUGUGCGUGAAAAUAAACAAGAGUGUGACGAGUUCUUCGUGAAGUCGGUGAGCACCAACCCUCUGAUGUCGACUUUCUCGAAGGAAAUACUGGUCUACGAGAAGGAAAAAUUUUUCUAUGAACUCCUAGACGAAUACAGGAAAUACAACAUCGACACGUCGUUUGCUCCCAGAGGUUUGUUUUUUAAACCACGUGUUGUCGUUCUUGAAGAUUUGUCCAGAGGGUAUAAAGGGAGUGAGAAAAGACAACCACUGGACUUGGAGCAGUGUCGGAGUUGUUUACAAACGAUAGCAAAAUUCCACGCUUCUAGUAUAAUUUACGAGAGAAAGAAAAGCGAAGAACUGGGGAAGAAGUUUUCUUUGAAUGAUGACAACUCAGAAAUUCUUGAAGACAAACUGGCGUCCACAAAGGAGUGUCUGGCUUCUAAGUUCAUGUCCUGUUCUCUGGAAGGCGUCUUCACCCUAAUCGAUCUAGUCCUCGAGGGUUAUCGCACCAAUGAAGAACUCAAGACGAAGUUAGUCGAUGUUGUGUCUCAAGACACCGACGACGAAGGCUUAAUCUCGGGUCUCCUCCACGGCGACUUAUGGACUUCCAACUUCCUCUAUUCUUACCACCAAGACGGCAAAAUCUCCGACACCAAGCUCCUCGAUUUCCAAAUGAUCAAAUAUGGUCCUUUGGAGCUGGAUGUGGCCGAGUUCCUCAUGAGCAACACCACCCAUUCCUUCCGCCUCCAGCACUUCGACCCUCUAGUCGAGCAUUGCCACGCCGCCUUAUCGCAGUCGCUCUCCGCCGCCGGCCUCCGCCCCCACGACGUCCUGCCCCCAACACCGACCUUCGUAACUUCGUGCAAUAACUUUAAACUCGCCGGAAAAAUUCACGCAGUUGUGGAUCACUCUUACACGUUCAUGGCGGACGAAAUUUAUGGAGAUGUUAUGAAGUCGGAGGAAAGUUUCAAAAAAUUCCUGUUCGAGGAGAGGAGCAGAUACAUCAUAGAGUCGUACAAUGAGAACGAGGCGUUUAAAAAAGUGCUGUGCCAGGACAUAGUCGAACUGCGGGAUUUGCUUUUUUCUUAAUUUAAUUCUCUGUAUUGAAUAAAAAGUUGUUUUGACA